UAACGUGAAUUAUUUUUGUAUACGAUAAUAUAAGUAUAUGAUAUAAUUGCUGAUAGUCAAUGCGCUGAAUGCACGUGCGUGUAGCUUGAUAAAUGCAUAUUAAUUCCCCGAAUACAAAAUCGACAAAAGUCCUAUCGUUGGUUUGUAUCGUCACGUAUAGAUGUCUCGGUCUGCUCAGGCCAGACUAAAUGAAACAUCCUUGAAUACUCACGUUUGCGCACGAGUAAAUGUACUCUAACCUUAACCGAAUGUGCUUCGACCGGAGUCCUAAUUUAAAAUAAUCCAUGCUCCAAAAAAUGCACCGUAUUUAAUUAAUGCACCACAUUUAAGAUAUAUUUAAUAUUAUAUUAAUUUGCAAUGUAAAACAGUUGAUUAGAAUCAAUUUGAUCAAAAUCAACAUGUUAAAAAAUACAAGUGAUUCUCGUAAACAACAACUGAAGGAAUUGAAGAGCUUUACUGAUGAAAUUAACCAAGAAAUCACCGAUAUUGUCGGAAGCUUAGGCUGGACAAUGGAAAGUGUGUCAAAUGUGGACAAAGAGUAUUUUACAUGUCCAUAUGAUCCAUCCCAUCGAUUAACAAUGGAAUCUUUCAACGAUCAUCUUACCUCUUGUCAAUGGAAAGCUGAAGGUUAUGAAAAAUCGGAUAUUCCAUUUUCGGAGCCAACCUUGCCAGCAAAUUCACCGUUCAGUAUAAAAUUCGAUGAACAACUGCAAAAUGAAGUUUUGAGGAAGGCCAAAGAGCAAAAUCUAAGCAUGCAAAUUGGUAUGGGUGAGCGGUUAGUACCGCGUACAUCUGAUAGGCUUCUCACAGAUUUUACCAGUGACGAGAGAAGAGCAUUAUACGAUUAUGUUAUUGCUAAUACUACAAAACUAGAUAUUGGUCAAGAUAUUGAAGACAUCAACAAUUUGCAACCACAAGAGACAGAAGAGAAACAAUUAUCCUUUCUAGAGUUAUUAAUUUAUGAGCGCAAUUUGAAGAGACGUAGAGCAAAGCAUAAAGGCGUUCAUACAAAUAAGAAAUCUCAGGUUGAAGUGCUUAGAGAAGUGAUUAAUCAGCAAAUGGAGAUCUAUACAGAUUAUAUUUCUGGACAAACUAUUUCUGAAUCCGCAACUAGUUCUGAACCUAUGGAUGUUCAGAGUACCAAAGUGGAUGAUUUGAAUUAUGAAACAUCGCGAGAAAGGACAGAACAUUUAUAUAAAGUAUUUCAUUCUUCCUCGCAAAGUUAUAAUGAUUUUAAUUCUGAGGAUUAUGAGAGGAAUGAUCACCGCCAUAGAGGAAGUCACCAGGAGUGGUCACCACGUAGAAGAGAUGACCGAAAAGAAGAAUAUUUAGAGGAAAAAAAUUAUCACCGAUCGAGAGAUCAAGACAGACGGGAAAGACACUCAGAUGAAUACAGGAAGCACAAACAUGAAAAACAUAGCAAAUCCUCCCAUUCGAGAGAUAAAAAGUCACAUAAAAAAGAUAAACAUCGAAGCAAAGACAAACACAAAGAUAAAUAUCGUGAAAGAAGUCAUACAUCUCGACAUCACGAUAAGUCGCUCGAAAAGAGACAUUCUUCAAAACAUAGUGAUUAUAAACGAAAGGAGAGAAGUAAAGAGCGUUAACACACAUCAAUUUAAAAAUCAAUUUUAAGAAUGAAAAUAGCAAUAAAAAUCUAUUUGACAUUUUGUCUGUAA